CCGUUCCAACCCACCUCCUCAGUUCCACACUGCGAACCAACUAAUUUCAUAACCUCCAUACCCCCUCCUUUUUUCGAAAACAAUCUGCGCCGCGACCGCGCGGAAACCGAACCCAACACCAGCAACACACCCACCACGUGACCCCCCGAUGCGGAGAGCCCCGGACUGUACGGCGGCCAGUACGUAGUAGCAGUGUCUCAGUGUCUCACCACCAGCGCAGCCUCAACUCGACCUCGCAUCGCGACCAACCCGCCAGUAUUUCACACUCACCUCACUCCACUCAUACAACCCGCUCAGAGAAAACACAAGUCAACCUCCAAGCCUGCCUGCGCGCUAUCGCGGUCAUGGCUUCCAACGGUGGUGGCAGAGCGUCCUCGGUCGCAUCCACGACCGGCAGCUUGGUCGAUGCCUCUGGAUAUAAAUACGCCGAGAAAGAUACUAAGCCAGGCAAGAUUAAAUUGAAGAAGACGUCCAAGUCGGGGAGGAAGAAGGGCGAUGAUAAAGACAACCCCAAAUCCCCCGGCUCGUCCCCCAUCCUCCCCGAGAUCGACGAAAAGACCAUGGCCGCCUUCCCGACCGGCAAACCGCGCGAGGAGGAUCACCUCGAGACCGUCAUCUGCAAGACCUGUAAGCGGCCCGUCCUGAAGCAGAACGCCGUCGAGCAUAUCCGCGGUUGCAUUCGGGCGAAGCAAGAAAAAGCGCGGCGGAAGAAGGAGGCGCGCGAUGCAGCGAAUCGGGCCAAGGAGAAGGGGGAUAAGGAUGGGGACGAGGAUGCGGGGUCUACGGCCGUGUCGGUGGUUAUUGGGGGCGCUGGGGGUGGGAGUGGGAGUGGUGCUGGUACUGGUCCGGGAGGGGAGAAGGUCGAGGGCGCCGAGGAUUCGAUGAAGGGGCAGAAGAGCGCGAAGAAGUCGGCUGUUAAGGGGAUGGCGGAGGAUGGGACGAAAAAGGGGAAGAAGCGCAAGGCCGAGGCCGGCGAUGAUGACAAGGAUAGCAAGGAGCCCAAGAAGAAGAAAAAGAAGGAGGAGCCGAAACCGAAGGCGCCCAAACCCAAGGGGCCCGUCGAUGUCGAAAAGCAGUGUGGUGUUACUCUGCCGAAUGGCGCGCAGUGUGCGAGGUCGUUGACUUGUAAGAGUCAUUCGAUGGGCGCGAAGAGAGCAGUCCCCGGCCGGUCCUUGCCUUAUGAUAUGCUCUUGCAGGCGUAUCAGAAGAAGAACCAGGCGAGGCAGCAGAAGGCUGCUAUCGAUGCCAAUGCGCCGCUUCAGGAUGAUCUGGAUAAUAACGGACCGGUCGAUUCGGAUGAGGAGAAAGACGCGGUCAUGGCGGCCAUUUCUCGCUCGCACCCACAGCCCCUGGUCACACAUACGUUGAUCUCGACGAAGAAGAAGUACCAGUACGUGCGGAUCAAGGAGAUGCUGUCCCAUGCUCUGGGCGGAUCCCGGGGCGGCGGGCUCUUCUCGACGACGGGCGAUGUCUCCUCGCCGUUCACGGACAGCAACCUCUUCACGCCGGUCGAGGAGGUGACGAUGUCGUUACCGGUGCCGGAUGAUGCUGCAGCGCCCGCAGCGCCGGAUGCCACGACCGACGCCGGAGGGAACGCGCCGGCGCAGGCCCCGAAGAAGCUGCCGGUGGCGGCGAGCUCGUAAGGCUGGCCCUCAAACGAGUGAUGGACGGUCUUAUGGAUGGCGUUCGUAGAAGGUCUACGGUGGGUGGGUUUUGGUUUGCAGUGAUAUUGAUUAGAUACCCCGCGUUGAGUGUCACUGGGCGCAUGUAGAUUCAUUUCAGUCGGUGUUGGUCUGGCGUGUGAUAGAUUGCAAUAUAUUGGCGUACGCAAUCGUUGGUCUCUGGUAGAUAAGCAUUGCGAUAGGAUGUGAUUUACUGAUUUUUAUUUU